GUGGAACACAAAAACGAAACCCUUGGGAUCUGAAGGGCAAGGUCAGCGACAUGGAGGAUAAGGUCCGUAACUACCAAAUAAAAGUUAAGACUCUGAAUCAGGAAAAUGAGGUUCUGCAAGACUCGGUGUCCCAGAGCCAAAGAAAAAUUGUGCAAGUGGAGAAGGAGCUUCAGAUACAGAGGAGCCAGAUUGGGGAGUAUGAGAGGAAGCUGCAGGUGUUGGCAGGAGUCCAGGAUGAGCUGGAGAAAGUCUUGAGCGAUAAGAACUUUCUUCAGAAGGAGCUCACCAACUUGGAGGGGAAAUACAAAGUGAUGGAGACUCUCCGAGACAGCCAAGAGACGGAGCUGCAGACUCUGAAGAUGAAGCUCUCUGUGCAGGAGUCGACUCUGGCCCGUGUGCAGGCAAACCUCAGAGACUCCGAGGAGGAGGUUCGGUCUCUGAAAGAAACUGUGGCCCAGCAGAAGGAUGAAAUUUACGCUGGAGAGAUGGAGCGCAGACGGCUCCACAACACCAUACAAGAGCUCAAGGGUAAUAUCAGAGUGUUCUGCAGAGUGCGUCCUCUGGUAGGUGGAGGCUUUCCCAAGCAUAUACAACUCGCCGCAAGUGACAAUAAAGCGAUAACGCUGGCUAAAACCGAGGAGUCUCACACGGGCAAAACUGCUGACACUCAGAAGAAUUACAACUUCAGCUUCGACCGUGUGUUUGGUCCUCGGGCCUCCCAGCAGGAGCCGUACGACUGCCUCGGCUGCGGCAAGAAGUUCAUGUGGCGCGACAGCUUCAUGAGGCACCGCUCGCACUGCGAGAGGCGCAGCGGGCUGGGAGAGAGCGGCGAAGGUGGAAGCGGCAGCGACGGAGGGAGGAGAGGAGGAGGAGGAGGUGAGGGUGGGCAGGGAGGCGUCCUGGGAGGUGGAGCGAGGGGAGGAACGUCAGUGUUGUCCCCGCAGCACGGCGGUGGUAACAGCAGCAGUGCCGCUCUGAGCAACAACAUGGCCGCUGCUGCAGGGGCGCUCCUCGGGGCGGUCUCCCAGAGCCAGGGAUCUGUGAUGUUUGGCGGUUUGGGGUUGGGUCGGGGUGCGUGUGAGGAAGACGUGUGCGAGGUCGGUGCCAAUGAAA